AUGAACUACAUAUCAAACCUCAUAACAUCCGACUCAGUCGUAAACCCGCUCCUUGAUGGCGGCUAUCUCCCCCACCCCAUCAUUCGCGUUGGAAUCCGGCGGCAACUCGCCGACCGCCUGCAAUCCAUUGCCUCUACCUCUCUAACCUCGAGUUACGAGAUUAAGAUGAACUACGUUAAACUGCUUCGCGAAAGACCCAUUGCCAUUGAAACCUCGACUGCCAACGAGCAGCAUUAUGAAGUGGGAACUAGUGUGUUGAAGGGCAUGUUGGGCCCUAGGAUGAAGUAUUCGAGUUGUUUGUAUGAAAAGGGUGGGGAGACGUUGGCGCAGGCUGAGAUUGCAAUGUUGAGGUUGUACGUGGAACGCGCGGAGUUGAAGGAUGGAAUGAAGAUUUUAGAUCUGGGAUGUGGAUGGGGCUCUGCCUCCCUCUACUUUGCCGAAAUCUUCCCCAACUCCCAGAUCACAGCCUUCUCCAACUCGCGGACGCAAAAAGAAUACAUCGACUCCGUCGCCGCUUCCAAAGGCUUCACCAAUCUUACCGUCAUAACUGGCGACGUAGCCUCGGACUUUGAAUUCGAAGCCCAAGCCUUUGACCGUGUGAUUUCCAUUGAGCUAUUCGAGCACAUGAAGAACUAUGCCGCGCUGCUCGCCAAAGUAUCCCGCGCACUCCAACCAGGCGGCAAGCUAUUUGUGCAUAUUUUCGCCCAUCACAGCACCCCGUAUGAUUUUGAAAGUGGAUGGAUGACGGAGCACUUUUUCACGGGCGGGACGAUGCCUUCUGCGGACUUGUUGUUGUACUUUCAGGAUGAUCUAAAGGUGAAGAAGCAGUGGUGGGUGUCGGGGAUGCACUAUGCGAAGACUUGCGAGGAUUGGCUGGUGACCAUGUGCAAGAACAAGGAGAUGAUUUGGCCGGGUCUGUUGGAGACGUAUGGACACGAGGGUACGGUGACGUGGUGGAACAGGUGGCAGGUUUUCUAUCUGGCGUGUGCGGAAUUGUUCAAGUGGGAUGGGGGUGAUACGUGGGGGGUUAGUCAUUAUUUGUUUGAGAAGCCAGAGUAG